CUACAUUUUCUUAUCAACAAACUAAACUCUUAUAUGUAGUUAGUCAGAAGAACUACGAACCGAGUCGAGCAUAAUUGAAUCACCCUUUUGCUCUUACAGUCGUCAGGUGCAAUAAUUUAGUAGCCGCUGCAUACCUUUGCACCCGCGAUCGUGAUUGCCCGCCGCCGAUUAUGGGCCAACCUUUAUCAUCUUUAUCACUCUAAUCGCGCAUUCCCAUCAGACCCAAAACGAAGAACAACUACUAACUGGUUAGGUGGCAAACGAUUAGCCCCUAAUGCGGGCGCCCGCCAUCGGACCCCAGAGCGAUAAGGAUAAGUAUAAGUUUAAUGCAGGGCAAAACUGACCGUUGCUCGUUGGCUCGCAUAUCAUUCAGUCGUGGGUGAACCGCCGAAAGAGCAGCUACUGGAAUAUUUGGACUCUUGGUAUUUAGUUGAGGAAUAAACAUGAAGAUCGAAUGGGCACCACUUCGGGUUCCCCUGGAGCGUCGUCUGCAGAUAAUGGUUACGGCAUUCUUUACCUCCAUGCUGCCAAUUCUGCUAUCAGUUUCCUUCCUCUUGGUAGCUGGAUCGCUGAUCUAUGGAGGUCUCUUGCUGCGCAGUCUUAUGUUGAUCUACUUGGUUUACGUUUAUGUGCAUCACAAGAACACCCAAUCCGUUGUGGAUAAUAAUGGCUGGCUGAUAACCCGUACCAAUCGCUACCAUCGCUAUUAUCGCGACUACUUUCCCGUGGAGCUGGUUAAGACAGCCGAACUUCCCCCCAACAAGAACUACAUCUUGGCCAGCUUUCCCCAUGGCAUUUUGGGAACGGGCAUUGGUAUCAACAUGGGUUUGGAGAUCUCCAAAUGGCUGGAGCUGUUCCCUCAGGUUCGACCAAAGCUUGGUACUUUAGAUCAGCACUUUCAUGUUCCCUUUAUGCGGGAAGUCAUACGAUGCUGGGGAUUGGUGUCAGUCUCCAAGGAGGCUCUGAUCCGCAUGCUAAGCAAGUCGAAUGAUCCAAAUCACAAAGAGAAUCGUGAUGGCUUCACCUCCAAUGCAGUGGCUAUUUUGGUGGGUGGAGCCCAGGAGGCCAUGGACUCGCAUCCCGGCCAGUACAUUUUGACCGUGAAGAGCCGCAAGGGUUUCGUCAAGAUGGCCAUUCGAACGGGAUCUUCGAUUGUGCCCUCGUUUUCCUUUGGCGAGGUGGACAUUUUUGAUCAGGUGGCCAAUCCUCCGGAUUCCCUACUCCGCCGCUUUCAGAAUGUUGUUAAGAAAAUCACCGGCGUUUCUCCUUUGAUUCCUGUGGGACGUGGAUUCUUCAAUUAUACUUUUGGCUUUUUGCCAUUCCGUCGACGAAUUGUUCAAGUUGUUGGUUCUCCCAUUGAUGUGGUGAAGAGUGAUCAACCCGAUCCUGAGUAUGUGGAUAAGAUUCAUUCGCAGGUCAUCGAGGCUCUGGAGAAGUUAUUCGAGCAAUAUAAACAUAAAUAUUUGAAGAACUCUGAAAAUGCCAAGCUGGUUGUACAGUAACUGGAAAAAUAAUUAGCAAUAUUGUGAAUGAGAUUAUGAAAUUGUGUUUUAACGAGAUUUAGUUUUAAGACAUUGGAAUGUUAUUUUGGUUUAACUACAUCAGCUGCAGUUUUGAUGUGAGCUAAACAUAAACGAAAAAGCAAUAUUAUAAAUAAUUAAAAAUUUA